AUGUCGCAGAUGGCAGUCCUCACGCGUGCCCAACGCGACAUGCUUAAAACAUUUUUGCCUGCUUUUAAAAUUGUUCGUUCAGGGUCAGUAGAAGAGCAGGAAGAAUUCUGGGAGAGUGUUUACUCCCAGUGGUUCGCAACUUGGCCUGAACGUGCUGUGCAGUUUGUGGAGAUACCGCACGACCAAGCAUUGUCUGGCCUGCAGCAGGAAUUGCUCGUUGAAGCCACUAGGUGCCGUCGUCGAAUGGCGGGUAAGAAAUGGGCUACUCCAGAACAAGAGGAGUUUCUCCUCAGCUUCAUGUCUGAAUACCGCGAGACUGCCGCGACCAAGGACUAUGACGAUUUUUUCACGCGCAUCUGGGCUUUAUGGUUUGAAAGGUGGCCUGAGGAACACGUUAUCUUCAAAGACAUGCCAGACGAUUAUGUUCGCACCCCGGAUGGCAUCAAGGCUCUGGCGACCGCAGUUGCGACACGUCAGCAACAAUUGGUCACUUGGUAUAGGUGGCAGAUGAACCCUGCACGUCAUGCUCGCUCCAAAGGCGCCAGGGGUGUCCUGAAGUUCGAUACCAUCUUAGGUGGGGGCGUGGAACUCAAAGGGACACGAGCACCACAAAAAAUCGAUAUUUACUCACACGAAUUCUAUGGAGCGAAGGUUAAGCACACUGCAGAUGAUGCAAUCGCAGCAGAAAAUAUCACCAAUAAAGGUCCGAAGCUGAACAAACGACGUGAGAUUACACGGCGAAUGUACUUGGAGGAAAGUGAGUCUGUCAAAGCGGAUAUCAAUAGGAAAUAUCGCAAGGCAAAAGCAAAGUUUGCAAAAAAGCGCCAGCAGCUGAAGUCUGGGAAGGCAUUAAAAAUUGAUGAUGCCACAAAAGUGAAAGCUAUCCAGCAGCUUGGUCCAAUGCUCGACCGCAUCCUGAAGUAUCUUGCGCAUAUUACAGGUGGAUGGAAAUUUACCGUUCUCAUGGGGGGUCGUGAUCCUGGGACGGGUGAAACGUCAGUGUUCAACUACCACGUUGGCGAACUUCAAAGCGGCGCCCAGUUCAAUCAUGUAUACAAAGACUUCGAUGGAAUGCAGGCUGCCUUCCUAGCGUUUGUGCAAAACACUCUUGCAUUCGAGUCUACCCUACCACAUGAUGAGUCAGCAAUGGAUGAAGACGACGAGUCGUCGUCAAACUGGGACAGCGAUGAAGAUUGUAACAAUGAGCGGGAAAAGAGUGUCGAGGAGGGUACGAGUCGAGUCAUCAAGGAUGUCCCAUCCUUUGAUACAAGCGGCCUGUAUCAAAUGACUCCGCAACCUGAAGAAAUUCUUGGGGAUAACAUAAGCAACUUGCAUACUGCAUGGGGCACCUCUGCCGCUUUUGACCCGAUCAUAGCGGGCACCAUCAAUUUUUCUGCCUUCGAUCCCCACGCCUUCACCAAUAUUGUCGACAAUCCUAAUUUCGAUCCUGGUGCCCUCGAUAAUGCUCGGGGUACGAUAUCUGACUUGUCUCUCGCCAACCUGACAUCUCCAGACAACCGUGAUAGUCCAUAUUUACCUCCGAAUCCACAGGUGGAGGUACUUCUUCCGGCUGUUCAAUCUGCAAAUAGUGAGGAAGAACAGGACAAUGAUCCACUCCUUGACCAGCCAGAGGUCCGUUCUCAUUGUGGAGUGCGUAGACGACGUGUUGAGAGAUCUCCGGCUCCUACACUAUCUAUGGGCCGAUCUACAUUGCCGGACCCUCCAGCAGCGCAUGUGCCUCGUCUCCGCACACGCAACAAUGUGCCCUUCAACCCACGAGAGCGUGAUAAUGACAUUGGAGUUCCAACACGUCGUGCUUGUCCCGCAGACUCACGGAAAAGGGCUCGACACUCUUGA